AUGGACCUGGGCGUUCGCACCACGAAAAUUGCUGAUGGGCAGGAGGCGGUCUUUCGGCAUGAGCGUGCGGAAGAGCACCGCAAGGUUAAGACCUGGAAUCACCCAAGGCUUUGGUGCAUUUUAGUUUGCCCGGUGAUUCUGAUCACUGUGCUGCUGACCUGCUCCGUGAACGCCUUGUGGUGGAGCAGCCUCGACCGGGGCCUUCAUCGGUUAGAAAUUGCUGCAACGACCGUGCUGGAGAAAUUCAACAAGUCCUCCCUGGAGAUCGUUACUGAUUUGGUCAACCAGCUGCAGCACACCUCCGCCCAAGAAGCGGUCAAGCGCAUCGCCGUUUACACGAACUUGCCAGAGGUGGUCGUUGACCUAAAUGUUGAAGACUUUGCUUCUUUGCCCCAGCUGGAGUCAGAGCGAGUUGACACCGUCCUGAAGACUUUGUGGAAGCAAACGACCCAGUUGUUUCCAGAUGUUGGCUGUGUGUUCUAUGCCGAUGCGAGUGGCUUGUAUGUGGGCUACGAGCGCUUGCCGAAGGAUUUUCUCGCGAAGCGCAAUGUGACCGGUAAGUACGUCUUCGGAGCGGAGUUCCGCGCGUCCGACAGGGCCCCGCUGCCAGUUUGUGCAUAUUGCCCUCCAGUGGCAGAAUUAAGGCCUGGGCAGAAGACCUACUACUUUGUCGACCAUGAAGGCAAAUACGGUGAAGCAUAUGAAAGGCAUGACUACGAUCCCCGACAGCGCCCAUGGUACAGAAAGGCUGCAGCUGCCAAAGGCGCAAUGACAUGGAUGGACAUCUACAAUCACAGCAGUGGGAACUCCAUGGGAACGUCAGCACAAAGAGCAAUCAUGCUCGGCUCCCAGGUGCUGGGGGUAGCUGCUGGUGAUUUCACCGUGAACCUACUGAGUGCAUUUAUGCAGAAGAUCACCUCCUCGUUUGAAUACGAAGAGGGUUUUAUUGUGGAUGUCGGAUCUGGCUUGAUGGUUGCCAGUUCCAUGGGCAUGAGUCAUGUGGCAAGGCCAGUUCACACAAAUGACACUGGAGGGUUGGUGAGGUAUCAUUGGAACCAAGUGCCAGAUCCUUUUAAGUUGGUGCAAGCACCUAUGAGAGCCUUGGCAAUGCGAUUUGAGUCCUUUGUCGUUUUGGAGGCCCAGCAUGGAUGGCUUGUUGUCAUCACCUGCCCAGUGGGUGGCUACAUGAAAGCCUCUUGGGCACAGCAGGCAUGGGCGACAAGAAGAAGCAUGGAGAUUCACGAGGCUGCCAGAAAGAAUUUGGACCAGCGGCAGGUGAAAACCAUUUGGAUUUCUUUGCUGUUUUGUAUCGCGGGUGGUGUUGUGAUGGCCCUCGUUGGCUUCGCAGUCACUCGGCCACUCAAGAGGAUCUCCACGGACAUGCUUCAAAUGGCAAAGCUGGAAUUUCUCUCGGGCCAGGCCGAUAUGGACGAUGACGAUUGUGAACUCAAAGGCCACUCACAUCGGUACUUCAGCAUCAGGGGAAUCACCCGAGCACUGUCGAAUUUGACCUCCAGAAGCAGAUCCAGGACGAGGACGAGGUUUAGUAGCCGAAGGAGCCAGAGGACUGAAGAUAGUAUUGGAUUGACUCGAACAAACCCGACGGACCCCAGCAGCAGUAGUGACACCAGUCAAGAUGAGAGGUCGCAAUAUGAGGAGACCAGGCACGAUCACACAGAGAGAGAGCAAGAUUUCGAGACUGGGGAAGAACUUUCAGCUUGCUUCCGCUUAUCAACCCCCAAAGAAGUGGUUGAUAUGCGUGAGUCCUUCAUUUACAUGGUGACAGGGUUGAAGUCAUUCGCAAGAUAUUUGGACCCAGAUAUCAUGCGCAUGGUGGUGAAGAGCAGGCGUCAGGCACAGCUGGGAAUGGGGAAAGCAGAGGUCACAAUAUUCUUCAGUGACAUUGCAAACUUUACCACAAUGGCAGAAAGCCUGGAGCCAGAAGUGUUCAUGUCAAUGUUGACAGAAUACUUGGAUGAAAUGAGCAAGCUCAUUAUGAGCAAGCAAGGGGUAGUGGGGGAGUUUAUUGGAGAUGCCAUAAUGGCUUGGUGGAACGUCCCCAUUGACCUGGGGCAAGAACACACAGCUAUGGCGUUAGAUGCAGCUUUGGCGCAGCAAAACCGCUUGGUGGAGCUUCGAGAAACGUGGCACUUGCAAAGAUUGCCUGAUGUGAGGGUUCGCAUGGGUUUGGUCAAAGGCAACGUGCUUGCUGGAAACAUUGGCAGCUCUCAAAGGAUGAAAUAUGGUUUGGUUGGUGACAGCGUGAACUUGGCCUCGCGUUUGGAGGGCCUUUGUAAGUACUACGGUGUUAGCAUCAUAAUUGAACAAGAUGCUGCCUUCGCACCAGGGGUGCAAUCUCGUUUUCAGUUGCGGCUCCUGGAUUUGGUGAUCGUCAAGGGACGCACGCAACCCACUGAGCUUUACCAGCUGGUUUGCGAGAAGGCUGUUUUGCCAGAAACAUUUGACUCACCAGAAGAUUUGCAAUUCUUUAUUGAUGCUUAUUCUCAGAUUCAUCGCCUCUAUCGGUUGAAGAGCUUCGAUGCCUGUGCUAGCGCUUUGCACCACUAUUGGCGACAGUUCCCUGAUGAUGUGCCCAGCAAGAUGCUACUACGGCGUGUGGAGACCUUGUUGGGCGAAGGGGUGCCAGCAGACUGGGCUCCCGUUCACAUACUCACUCAGAAGUGA